AUGGCAUUUCCAAAAGAGAAGCUGGCUCUUCUCCUGAAGCGUGUAAAAGAUUUGAAGACUAACGUGAGAAAAUCAGCAUUGCAGGCCCUUGUGGGUCUCCUGAAACACAACGUAAUCCCCAUGAGCUGGGAGAACCUGGCUAUACUGUCAGAGCGGUGCAGAGACCCAGCUGUUUCUGUGAAGAAGAAGGCCCUGCAGUGUAUAGGAGAGCUGCUGACUGCUAAACCAGAGUGCAGUGUGGUGCAGAAGGCAUGGCUUCAGGGCGUGGUGCCAGCUGUGGUAGACUCUGAAAACUCUGUGCAGGACAAGGCCCUGGAGGCUCUGGACCAAGUUCUGCUAAGCCAGGUCAAACCGUACUCUGCCAGUCGCCACCUGGAUGCCAGUCAGAGGCUGACCUGGGACCUGCUAGCCCUGCUCUGUCAUGACUGCCAGAACCUCAGCCGGUAUUUCAGCAGGGCCUUCACCAUCUGGUCCAAAUAGAACAAGUUCACACAGACUUUCAUCACUAACCUGAUCUCACACACUGACGCCGAUCACGCCGCCGGGGCCUGGUUGCUGCUCUCCAAGGGUGUUGCUUCGUCCCCCAGACUGCCCUAUGGGAAGAUCCUGGAUGCCUGGGACAGCAUGGUAAAACACCUCCACACUCUGGGUGUGGCGUCACUUCACUGUCCUGCCAAGGUUGGCAAGAGGACGGUGCUGCUGGUGGAAUCUGUCCUCACAACACAUUCUGACAAACUGGCAGAGUGCGGGGAUGAGCUGCCAGCAUCACUGCCUCUGUCCCAGUUCAAAGCUAACUCUCUACCAACCAGAGUCCGAGCUCACGGAGUCAUUGCUUUAGGUAAACUGUGUCUGCAGCAUGAGGAUCUCGUCCAAAAGUACCUGCCGGUGUUUGCCAGAGAACUUGAGGUUGGGACAGAGGUUGCCGUGCGCAACAAUGUGGUUGUGAUCAUGUGUGACCUGUGUGUUCGAUACACCAACAUCGUGGAUCAUUAUAUCCCCAACAUCUGGUGUCUGCGGGACAAUGAGGCUGUCAUCAGGGAGCAGACCCUCAUCAUGCUGACCAACCUGCUCCAGGAGGAAUUCGUCAAAUGGAAGGGCUCCCUCUUCUUUCGCUUCAUGGUGGCGCUGGUUGACCCAGUCCCUGCCAUCGCCAGUCUGUGUGAAUACUGCCUGGUCCACCUGCUGCUGAAGAAGAACUCCGAAAUGUUCAGCCAGCACUUCAUCGAGUGCAUCUUUCACUUCAACUCCUACAACAAACACAAGUCCUACAACAAGUUCCCUCAAAGUGAGAGAGAAAAGGCUCAAUUUUCGCUGAAAGGAGCUCAGCACCGCGAGAAGCGUUUUCGGAUCUACCGCUUUCUUUUGGAGCACUUCACGGACACCCAGCGCUUCAACGUCACUAUCAAGAUCAACCAGACCGUUUUAGCAUGCUUUGCGGACGAGGAGCUUCCUUUGGAUGCAGACGGGGCUGAAAUUUUAUCUGAGACCUUCAACAUCUUGAGUCUGAACGAGAUGAAGCUGCAGGCUGUAUCUGCUCCAGCAGGGGGUGCUUCAGGGGAGGAACCCGAGGAGGAGAACAUGGCCACUAUGGCUAAGGUUGUCCUGCAGGCUGCACAGAAGAAGGUGGUGUCGCAGGUCCAGAAGAAGGCCUUCAUAGAGAACACAGUUCCUCUCAUCAUCAGCCUGAAGAGCCUGCUGGAGCAGAAACGCUCUCCUGUGCUCCGAGACCUCAUGUCCUACCUUCAGGUGACCAUGCAAGAACAUAGUAACAAGGUAAAGGACUUUUUCCCUGGAGAUGAGCAGCUGGCAGUUGAGGUGGAGUUUGCUCUGAAGAUGGCUGAGAAGGAGAAAGAGAUGGAGAAGCAGAUGGACAACUGCAGCUUGACAGGAGACGCCAGGCCUCCAACUACACAGUGUUCAGUCCAGGGCUCUCCCAUCAGGUCCAGGCCCCUCCUCCCCUUUACCUUUGCCACACCACAGCUGCUACGUCCACACCCCAUGUCUGCCAGGCUGGUACAGACUGACAGGUAGGUCUCCGGAUCCAGGCAGGAGGAACAUGUUCAGUCAAUCGCUCUGGAACGAACAGUGAUGCCCAAAGGAGCUGUGAAUGACAGAGCCAUCAGCACACCAAAAGGUGUCAACGUCAAUUUAACUUUUGAUGAAGGAUUCAGCGCAAUCUUCAGUGACAAAGGAACAAGUCUUGUCGGGGAGACCAGUCUUCUUCACGUGAGGUCAAAUGAGCAGCAGUAAGUACACUCACUACUUAUUUAAUGGCUUCCACACUGUCCAGUUGUAGUUCUUCAAACACUUUUGAAUGUAGUUUAAAAUGGUAUAUUAAACAUUUGUAAAGCCAUCCUUAAAAGGAAAAUAUGAAUAUGUCUACUAGUACUCUAGUGACUGAGUCGGGCUAACGCACAUUUUGACGGCAUCACCUAGAUCAUCGGGUGCGAAAACUAACCAAUCAGAGCCUAACUCUCCAUCCCUGCUGCGUUCAAGCAAUCCUAACAAAAUCAUAACAGAAUGAAACAAGCACUGAAGAAAUUGGCAUUUUUACAUUGGCAUAUUAUGUAACGUUAAAUAUUCUCUUAUCUACACAUAUUGGAAAUUGAGAUAAAGACAAUAUUUGUUAACAGAUUAUGAAGUAAAGUUUUAUUUCAGAAUUGUUUUUUAAACCCCAAAUAAGUCCCGGGUCAGUUUGACCCGAGGGACCCGAGAGGGUCCCGAACGUGAAGACAACACACGGGUUAAAGGGUUGGUUCACCCAAAUUACAAACAAAAUAUAUACCAAAUAUAUUUUUUCUCUCUCCAGUGGUAUCUCUCCAUGCAAGUAGUUCUGGUUGUAUUCCUCAAUUCAAUUGUAUAAAAAAAUAUAGAAUCAAUUCAAAACAAGAGUUAUCUGGAGACACUUUACAGAUAGACCAGGUCUAGACCACACUCCAGAAUUUACAAGGACCCAACAGUUUUAGGAGUUUCCUCCAGAGCAAGCAACAGUGCGACAGUGGUGAGGAAAAACUUCCUUUUAGGAAGAAACCUCGGACAGACCCAGACCCAGACCCAGGCUUUUGGUAGGCGGUGUCUGACGACCGAUUGGGGUUAGAUUGAAGAGUGGCAACAACAGCCACAAAAAAUAGUAGUUUGUAGUAGUUCUUUGUAGUAGUUCAUGGCAUAGCAGGGCACUGUGGGCAUUACAAGGCCCAGCAGGACGUGGCAGGGCACAGCACAGCGUAGCAGGACGUAACAUGGCAUCGCAGGACGUGUACCGGGACCACGGCGACAGCUGCUAACAUGAUUUUGGAGCCUCCCUGAUCCAAGGAGACAUGCUGGGCGAAAAGGACAUAAGGACCCCGGGGAAUUAUUCCCCAGAGCUAGGUUAGUAGCAAGCAUUUAAAAAAAAAACUAUAUUUAGUAUAUUAUAAUAAACAUAAAUAAUUUGAGCCAUUUUAUAUUUUGGGGGUUUAGGAUGCAAAUGAGCGUUUGCGUUUCCCUCAUUUACACAUCAAACUAUAUUACACAUGACUGUAGUGCAACUUAACAUUUAAACAACAAUAGACCAGCUCAACUAAACCAAAUUGUCUCAACAGCAACUAACUAGGAUUAAAUAAAGAAAACCACAAACAAGGUCCUGGUUUUAUACUUAAGGCAAACAAGCCCCCAACUUGUGAAAACCGGCUCACAGGCCACAAUAAAAGAGGAAGAUGCACAGCAACGUGACAAUAAUAAGUGACAUUUAUUAAAUAAUGAUGCAAACAAGAGCACGAUGAGGUGUGAUUGUCAGUAUCAGUGAUGAAUGUUGGUGGAUGGAUGUGAUGGAGAAUGUGAGGUGCAUGUUGUCAGUAGUUAACAGAGAGAAAACAUGUUGGUGCGCCAUCGGUAGAAUGCAGCCUCCUGGUCUCGGGCAGGCGGGGGUUAAACAGUCUGGGAGGACCGGCCAGGUGAUCACAGUCAUCUCAUCAUCGCCUCUGCUACACCUGCAAGUUAACAAGACAAACCACAGUACCCAUGUAGGACAGGCCCAGGGCCGGCACACCAACAAACAGGACAUCGUUUUUAGAGCUAGUGUUUGUGUAUAUGCAAUAGUUAUUAUAUGAUUGUGAAGAAUAAAUUGCAAUUUUCUCACAUUUCCACAGGGUUUUCUCCCUUAGCCGCUGUACCCUCCCGAUUUAACCCACGUGGCUGUGGGGGUGCCGUGUUCCUCCUUCCCAGGCGUUGUGGUGGUUCUCACACCAACAUCUGUUGGGGUCUUCACUAUUUACCCAUAGCUGGGGCUAUUUGUCCAUAGCUGGGGCAGUGGUUGACGGGCAUCAGGGCGUUUCUACUCACCGAUGCGCCUGCAUGCCACGUCUCUGGGGCCCACUGCUGCUCCGAGAUCCUGUACAACUUAGCCUGGAACCACAAGGGACCAGUUCCCAUGUGUGCCACGGGGAGGCGUGUACCAGGUCUUGGCAGUGUGAGAGGCUAUGUACCGGCAGAGGAGGCGACACACACUCGGCUCCUCUUUCAGCCCUGAAAACAAAGGGCUGUCCGGUGGCAGUAGCUGGAAGC